CGGCCGCGACGGGGCGGGCGAACAAGUGGGCGCCGCGAAUCGACCACGGGUCCUCAGAGCCUGGCGCUCGAACCCCUAUCACACGACCCCACCCCGGCCCGGGACCUCGACCCCGACCCGGCCCGGCCCGGCCCCCGCCGCCGCCCCCCGGGCAGAUGGACUACUCCUACCUCAAUUCGUACGACUCGUGCGUGGCGGCCAUGGAGGCGUCCGCCUACGGCGACUUCGGCGCCUGCAGCCAGCCCGGCGGCUUCCAAUACAGCCCCCUGCGGCCAGCCUUCCCCGCGGCGGGGCCACCCUGCCCCGCGCUCGGCUCCUCCAACUGCGCGCUUGGGGCGCUACGCGACCACCAGCCUGCGCCCUACUCGGCAGUGCCCUACAAGUUCUUCCCUGAGCCGUCGGGCCUGCAUGAGAAGCGCAAACAGCGGCGCAUCCGCACCACGUUCACGAGCGCGCAGCUCAAGGAGCUGGAGCGAGUCUUCGCCGAGACCCAUUACCCCGAUAUUUACACGCGCGAAGAACUGGCACUCAAGAUCGACCUUACUGAGGCUCGCGUGCAGGUCUGGUUCCAGAACCGCCGGGCCAAGUUCCGCAAACAGGAACGCGCGGCCAGCGCCAAGGGUGUGGCAGGCGCGGCAGGCGCCAAAAAGGGCGAGGCGCGCUGCUCGUCCGAGGACGACGACUCCAAGGAGUCCACGUGCAGCCCCACGCCCGACAGCACCGCUUCGCUGCCGCCGCCGCCCGCGCCCGGCCUGGCCAGCCCGCGCCUGAGCCCCAGCCCACUGCCCGCCGCCCUGGGAUCCGGGCCUGGCCCCGGGCCUCAGCCGCUCAAGGGCUCCUUGUGGGCAGGCGUGGCGGGCGGUGGGGGCGGCGGGCCGGGCGCGGGCGCGGCCGAGCUGCUUAAGGCCUGGCAGCCGGCGGAACCCGGACCGGGGCCCUUCUCGGGGGUUCUGUCGUCCUUCCACCGGAAGCCCGGCCCCGCCCUUAAGACCAAUCUCUUCUAGCUGUCGGACUCUGGAGGCUCCGGGCCAGCCCCCAGAGACGCCCCUGCCCCUCCAGGACCUGAUAGGGUCCCUCCCAAUCCCGGCCGCCAGCCUGGAAGCCCCGUCCUUCUCUACCCCCACCGUGCCUGACCCGUAAGUGUGCCUCCGGAGACCAAGUCAGGGCCACACGUAUUUUCACCCCACCCCCACCCAGCACAGCGGGGUACUUCUCACCGGAGACCCUUCUAGCUUGGCUUUGUUUGGAACCGGGAUCAAAUAACGCCUGUCCCUAUCACGGUUCUUCAGUGAGGGUUCAGAGGAGAAACAGCCCGGCCACCCCCCACCCCAGCUCAGCAGCUGGCUGGCUCACCCCUCACCUUGGGGACCAGCCUGCCACCACCCUCGGGCCCACCCGCACUGCCCCCACCCGUGCAAAGGCUGGUCGUCAGUUGGCAUAAUGAACAGCCUGAAGGGUCCCACCGCCAAUUUGUCCCUCGGCGUCCCCUGCAAUCCCCAGCAGGUCCAAGGCAGAGGACAGG